UUGGCGGGAAACUCCGAACACGUCUACUUGUAAAUUUUCCACUCUCUCUCUCUCUCUCUCUUUCUCUCUAAUUCUCGCACUUUCUCUCUCUAGGGUUAGCAGAAAGAAAUGUUCGCGAGUCAGUUUGAUGGCAACUCUGCCUUCAGUGGCGGUGGAUUUACGUCUUCCCAGUCAACCCAGGCCACCGAUAUCGGCUCUUCUCCCGCCAAAAGUCGUAACGCUUACGGAGUAGUUCCGAUUACAGUGAAGCAGAUAAGCGAAUCCGCUCACUCUGGCGACGAAAAAUCCAAUUACGUCGUUGAUGGAGUCGACGUAGUCAAUGUUACACUGAUUGGUAUGGUGUCUAAAAAGACUGAAAGGGUUACUGAUGUUGCUUUCACUCUCGACGAUGGAACAGGGCGAAUUGAUUGUAACCGAUGGGUUAACGAAGCUUUUGAUUCGAAGGAAAUGGAAAACAUACAAGAUGGAAUAUAUGUUCGUGUCAAUGGGCUCAUAAAAAGUCUUCAAGGCAGAAGGCAAUUAAUUGCCUUUUCUGUUAGGCCUGUGACAAAUUUUGAUGAGAUUUCCUUCCACUUCAUUGAGUGCAUACAUUUCCAUUUGCAAAAUUCCAAAACAAAGCUACAAGGUAACACCACAACCCAGCCUCAGUCUGCAAUCCCAUCUGUGAAAACAGCUGCACAGGACGGAUCAAAUGGAUAUCAGACAACCCCAACAAAUCUUUUCUCUGGGCAAUGUAGUGUAGAUGGACUCAAGGGCUUUGAUCAGAUGGUGCUUGAUUACCUGCAGAAACCGUCAAACUUGUGAGUAGUUAUUUUCUGUUAACUAUCUGCAUGUUUCAUGAUUACUGUGGCCAGUGUUACCAGUCUUAAA